AUGUGCUGUCAGCUGGCUAUAUUGGAAAGAGAGGAUUCCGCGGAUGAAUUCAUGCCAAAGAAUCCCAUGGCCCUUUUAUCGCAAAUUGAUGGGCGACUUUGCACUAUCGGACCCUCAAAACUUUGGUCUAGUUGCAUGCAACCUAGUUAUUUCUGCACGCCAUUAAUCCACACCCUAAGCAUGACAGCGGGCCCCGCAUAUCCACCAAGAGGUGCUAAGCAGUCUGAGGAUACAGUAGCCAGUGUGAUAUACAAACUACUGAUAACAUAA